GUUCCUUGGUCAAACGUUGGUGCAGGCCCCCUAGGCUUACCUUUCCACGAGGAACAAGAACGGUCGCAGAAAAAAAUUAACCUUCCUCCAAUAGGAUCCAACAUCAACCUCUUUCCUUGGAUUAUAUGGCAUAUUUGGAUUGCCAGGAACCAGCUUCUAUUUGAGAACAGGAAAGCUACACCUACUGAUACUCUCAGCAAAGCCAUAAGCGCAGCCAGGCAAUGGAUCACAGCACAACAGCUAGAACAAGCACAUCAGCCAAAGCAACCAACAGUUCCGACUCAGCUACGGACCCCCAUGGAGCUCACACCUACAACCCUCAUCUGCAAUACCGACGCCUCAUGGAAGGCAGAUUCAAAGAAAGCAGGACUCGGGUGGAUCUUCACAAACCAAAAUCUACAGGAAAUCGACAGGGGAUCACAAUUGCAGGAUCAUGUCUCCUCGGCCCUUCUUGCAGAAUGCCUUGCCGUUCGGGCAGCUUUAUUUCAUGCGAUCUCCCUUGACAUCACACACAUCUGGCUUAGAUCAGACUCUCAAGUGCUUAUCAAAGCAAUUAACGAGAACCGAAGGACGACAGAGCUCUACGGAACUCUCUCCGAUAUCUCCUCUCUAGUUUCCUCCUUUACUUUCUGUCGCUUUAGUUUCACUCCAAGACUUCAGAAUGGGCCAGCUGAUUCCAUUGCAAGGGCCUGUCUUUGUAAUGGAUUGGCUGGGCCUUAA